AAACGGAACUACCUAACUAUCUGACAGAAUAACGGAUAGGCGGUGUUAGAAACGAGCAGUGAUCAGGACUGUAUAUAAAUAUAGCAACUAAGUCCGAAAAAGAGACUAAACGAUCUGUCGAUGAGACGUGUCAGCUACUCCGCAUGGCAGCACUGCCGGAGGGUGAAGGGCACCGCGCCCACUGGCUUGUGAGUGCCACUUCUGCGAACAACCAGGUGCAGACACGAAGCACGCCUGGAGUGCUCAAGAAAUCGCUGCACAAUGGAUUUGCAAAAGUGCUGCAGAUACUCAUUGUUGGACUUUUUGUUGACGCUGUUUGGAAUCGGCGCAUUUCUGUUCGACAUCGGUUCGGAUCUGUGGGCUGCGGCUGAAUUCUACCUUGUUGGUGACUACUACUGGUUCGGGACGGUGCUUUUCCUAACGUUUACCUCCUCUCUGGUGGUGCAGUUGUUUAGCUGGUUCUGGUUUCAAUACGAUAGUCAACUGGAAGACUUCUCUGAAGUAGCAGCAAAAGAGGGACUGUUCUGGAGACGCGGAAUAUUGAGGCUGCUCCAUUUCUUCCAUUUGGGCUUCCUUUUUAGGUACCUAACAGUGAUGGUGCAGGGUUUCCUAGUGUGGUGGAGAGAAAGAAAGGAAUCUGGACACAUCGUUUAUCUCACACAUGACCUCAGUAUGCUCAGACUGUUCGAAACCUUCACUGAGAGCACUCCUCAGCUUGUCCUCAUUCUGUACACCAUCAUCAGCAGGAACAAGGUAGAAGUCUUUCAGUAUGCCAGCAUCACUGCCAGUUUUUUGUCAGUCGCAUGGAUGGUGCUGGAUUAUCACCGCUCACUUCGCUCUUUCUUACCAGAGAAAAACAAUCUGGGCUGCAUUUCAUCUCUUAUUUACUUUCUGUGGAACUUGCUCCUCAUAACUUCAAGGAUUGUUGCUGUUGCAGUCUUCACGUCGGUUUUACCCCCUUAUGUUUGUCUGCACUUCCUUCUGCUUUGGGUGUCCUUGCUGUUUUGGGCUGGGAUUCAGAAAACUGAUUUCAUGGAUAGUCCAGCUGGAGAAUGGCUUUACAGAGCCAUGGUGGCGCUCAUACUGUACUUCAGCUGGUUUAACGUGGCUAAGGGUCGGACUCUCGGCAGAAGCGUUAUUUACCACACUUUCAUUGCUGUGGACAGUGGGAUUCUUUUGGUCACAUGGUGGUUUUACAGAGACCCUACUACUACUGAUGCCUACGUAAUGCCAGUCAUUGUGAUGCUGCCUUUCCUGUACCUGAUGGGGAUAAUGUUUAAGGUGUUGUAUUACUGGAAAUUUCAUCCCCCCAGUCUGGGAUCCAGUUAUAGAAGCUGAACAGGAUGUCAUCGAUGACCUUAUAGGAUUUAGAUCACUUCCUGCAACUGAAAUACCACAGACUAUGAUAAACAAAAGAAUGUACACUCUUGCCAAUAAAUUUUUCUUUUCACCGCAGAAGCCGCAACAUCAUAGAUUAAAUGGAUCAAACUCUACCGUAUAAUGGUAGCAUUUAAUGGUCUGGAAUAUUUGCCAGCAUCCUUGCAAUCUAUCAUCUGAUGAGGAAGAAAAUGCUUUCAAAUGCCAUCUGCCAGAUACUAACCUACUUCAGCAGCUCCUAGGAAACACCAAAGAGAUGACCUCACUUCCUAUUCUCUAAAGCAACGUUUGUCAACCUUUUUAGAGUCAUGACAUAUAUAAGUGCCUUUAUAACCCACCAAGGACCAACAGCCUUGGGGGGGAUUUGUCCAAAUUGUCAAAGCUGGAGGGGGACCAAGCAUGAUUGUCAGAAUGGAGAACUGCCUCAACCCACCAUAACCCACUUCCAAUAUAAAAAAUAGCAGCUCUUGACCCACCAUUGAGUUGAGAAACACUGCUUUUUAGCAUAAUUGUGAAAUACCUCCUAACUGUAUGUCAGCCAUCCUAAAAGUCUACCGUUCAUAGGCCAAAUUAAUCUUUAAAAGGUGACCACUUGCACUUUGUUUUUUAAAAUGAUGCUAUUCUGUUUCCGACCUCCUGUACUUCUAUAUUGUAUGUGCCUCCCUUUGGAAUUCGAUGAGCCGUGCAAAUACAGCGUAUGCUCGCAUCCCAGUGUUGUUGGUGACGCUAACGCCUCAAUACAUCGAUUUGUUAGUUACUGCGAUGUUAUAAAACCUUAACCAGGACUUUAUUUAGUCUUAGUAUGACUUUUAAAGCACCAGUGACAGCAUCUGUUAGUGACUUAUUGCAAUAUAACGACACCUUAAUCAACGCAUUAUGUUAAAUAGUAAUAAGUGAUUAUUAGAAGCUCUAUAACAAUUCCUUAAAGCUCCAAGGUGUUACGGUUUGUCUUAUGCUGUGCUAAGUGAGGUAAUGUGGUCCACCUCAGCACCACACUGGAAAAGUGUGAGGUUUUUUAUGGUUGCUGAAGUGUCAAUCCAGCCACCAACCCCCUGGCUUUCCCUCUACGUUGGAGGACCUUCUUGCAGGGCUGGAUGCAAAUUAACGUCAUACCCAGGAUAAGGGAAUUGCAGGUUAAGGGCCUUGCUUCAGGGCCCGACAGAGUAGAGUCAUGCCUGGCAUUUACGGGGUUUGACCGGGCAACCUUCCUGGUGCAGAUCCCUAACUUAGAGCCACCACUCCACCCAUGGAUUGCUAUAAAUCUGUUACAUUAUCAGAAAGGUUAAACAUAGUGAUCUUGAAUUUAAUCCUUUCAGUUACAACUGAAAUGGAAGGACCUAAAGCUUUUUCAGUAGUUUCAUUAAAUGAAAUUGUUCAAAGUUCAAGUUCAAAACAAAGAACUGAAUUUAAUAAAUAAUAACUACAACAGAACUGCCUACUAAGUCAGAAGCAACCACAAUCCAAAAUUAAAAAUCCUAAAUAAUAAUAAAUUAAAAGUCGUUAAAAAAAAAAAAAAAGAAGCACGAAAGGGACCUGACAAACACUGUUGCACAAAUCAAACAAAUGCUAGCACAGAGUGGCUGAGGUAGCAAGUGGUUACAGUAGGUAACUGAAUUAAAUGCAGCAUCUCAAAGUCCUAAUUGAGAAAGGCCUGGUUAAGAGAGCAGGGAUGAAACAAAACAUAGACAGACGCAUGGCAAAAUGACAAAGAAAAAUGUUAUUUAAAAGAAACAAAAUCCAAAAAACCGAGCUGCGAUCCAAACAAGCAGUAGUGCUCGUAUCAACGCUCCAAAUACCCUGAGAACAUAUGGGGGGAAAAAAAGACAACCUUAGAAAAACUCUCUCUCGUUCUAGUAGACUCAGAAAGUAUUGUGACCCCUUCACUUUCUGCACUCUUUACUGCGUUGUAUAUUUAGUUUCUGACUGCCCUUGACUAACCCGGACACAACUCAGACUUAAAGUGCAUAGAACAUCUGUGGAGGGACCAGAGGACGGCAGUUUACAGACGCUUCCCAUCCAAUCUAACGAAGCUCGAGCGGAUCUGCCGAAAACAGGAGGACAAACUGCUCAGAUGCAGGUGUGCAAAGCAUGUAGAGUCUAACCAAGUAGACUGAAAGUUGCAACUGCUGCCAAAGGGGCUUCUACAAAGUACUGAAUUAAGGGUCUGAAUACUUAUGUUAGUGACAGAUUUUAGAAGCUGAUUUUUAAUACAUUUGCAAACCUUUCUAAAAACAUGUUUUUGUCAUUAUGGGUUAUUAAGUGUAGAUUGAUGGGCAAAAAUAUUGUUUAUCCAUUUCAAAUUAAAUCCACAACAUAACAAACUGUGCAGAAAGUGACAGGGUCUAAAUACUUUACUACUCCAUUAUAAUUCUGUUUCUCGUGCCUUUCCUAUCUAUAUACACACAAUCUGUGACUGUAACCAAAGAAGAUGACAUACAUUCUACCGAAAAGCAGCUUCUGCCGCCCCACAAAAUCUGCUGCAGCCAACAUUUAUCUUUAGUGAGUGACGUGCACUGUAAUUUUAAAAACCAUUAAGUUGUAAAAUAGGUAAUCUUUUGCUGCUACACUCUUCUUAAAAUUUUCAAUUAAAUUAUAGAUGUUCCUUGUAGUCAUUACUUUAAUUACUAGUUAAUUUCUGCAUUAAAUGUACUUGUGGUAUAAUGUAUUUCGUAUACAAUUUAUUUGUGAAUUUAUAAAUGCCAAGCAGUGUGAGGUGGGGUUUCUUCAAACUUAGGCAGUUUAUUUCAGGCGUUUUAUAUAACAUUAAGUGGUCGUUUCUGAUUACCCGUCACUGUGGAAAUUAGCAGAGUGUAGGCUUCUCCUCAUCAGAAAUCAACUAAUUUAAUACUUCAAACUAAAAAGGCCAACACUUGUUGUUCAAAAGGAAAACCAUUAAAAUACACACACCAUAUACCGUAUUUUAGUCUGUUAAAGGAACACCCCACCCAAAAGUAAUGUGAUAUUUUACUUACACUGCGUAGUUUGUCAGGAAAAGAUUUAAUCUCAUGUUUUCCUUAAUACUUAAUAUUUUGGCGAAAAAAAUGAAUGCAAAUGUAUAACGAACAUGUGAAUUAUGCAACAUGAUUAAUGCUAGAAGUUUUUCUUUAUUCCAGGGAUGGUUUUUCAUGUUGUUUGCUGUUGUAUGGCCACCAUUAUUGUCCACUAUAUCAUGUUCUGCAUGAAGACAUGAGAUUAAAGUAUUCUUGGUCAUCACUACAAAGUACAUGGGGUAAACAACAUAUAAAAAAAUAUACAGAAAUAUAUAUAUAUUUUUUUUGGGAGUAUUCCUUUGGCUGCAAACUACAAGACAAAUUGUACUAAUCAUUUCUUGAACUGAAUGCUGUUUGAAGUAACUGCAUGCUGUUGUGCCAAAGCAACUAAGAUUAUCUACCAGCAUUGGGGUGUGUGUGUGUGUUUGUGUGCGUGUGUGUGUGUGUGUGCGUGUAGCCCCCAUACAAGUGCCUUCAUGUAGCAAUCAGAUGGCAAUGGAGAACUUAAAUCAGUUAUGCGAUACAAGAGCUGUAAAAAGCAGAAUGUAAAGUUGGAUUUGAAAAUGUGAAUUGAGCAGUUGAGGAUGAGAGAGGAGUUAAAUAAAGGACAGAAAGCUGAUCAUGUUAAAAAAUAGAUUAAAAAGAAGGUGGAAAGAAAACCAGGAACAAGUCAGAUUUAUGGCCAAUUAUGGCAAACAUAUAAAUAAAAGUGGAGGCCCGGUGAGUGUCCUCAUGAAAACAUUUAAAAAAGCAAAAUCAUAAGUUAAACUGAAACCAGCUUGAUGUAGGAAGUAGAGACUCGACGAGAGCACUUCGUAAAAUGAGCCUCUGGUGAGUGCUGUGCAGUUGUAGUGGCUGCGCUUAUGAAAGGAGGCAGAAGCAGAGAUGUGGGGGUUAUGUGAGGCCUGCUUGGACCAGAAGGCUAAUGAUGUUUAAAAAAAAAAAAAAAAAAAAAAA